ACUCUAGAAAUUUACUGGUAGUAUGAGCAAGGAAAAGGAAGGAGGCUAGUCCCCGAAAAUGCCUUUUGAAGUUGGGGUUCAAGCGUAAAGUCUGUCUCGAACUUAUAAGUCUAAAGCUAGGCCCGGGAAGUUUGGUAUUACGUAGUCACGUCUCUUCUCUUACCCAACCGGGGAUGAAUUCAAUAUUCUUUCCUGUGAUUCUCUUCCCAGAUCUUCUCCUUGAUUCGCUCGCUAAGUGAUCUUUAGGCGCUUCAAGGUCCUCAAUUACGUAGCCCUUAUCUUCAGGGGUUUUAACUGAAGAAAGAAGAUGCCUUCUCAGGCUCUUUAGCGCCCAACUUAUCAAAAUAUAGCCAUUUUGCUCUUACCAUUAAUGAACCGGGGGGUAGGCAUAAAGAGUUCACAUGUGUUAGGAAAGAACGAGCUUCCUCUAGCUAAAGACCUGACAGCGGACGGGUGCGUAGUUAGUCUUUCUCUUCCUCCGUUUCUUCCGUAGAAUUAGAAGCUGGCUUCGGAGGGCCUUCUCUAAUCUAAUAGGGGAAAAUCCUUCUAUUUCCGUCAAAUGACCCGGCCGACUAGGGGAACUUAGCCAAAGGAUUACAAUUCACUUUUUCAAGGUACCUUAUUUAGCCGGUUAGUUAAGAACUUUUAACGGAGAGUUGGAAUGCAUCGAAGAAGAAGCGAAAAAGAUAUCUGAAAUGGACAUAAAAUUACGAUUUUUAAGGAUAUGAAGAAUUCGAAUUCGAAUGCGAAAUUGGAAAAGGUUGUUGAAGAGUUGAAGAGUGUGAGUGAAACGCGACCUAUAAUACUUACACGGUACAAAUCAAAUCCGACGAGAAUUGAAUACAAGCAGAAUCUUAGGGAAGAGAAGGGCGGUGGAGGAACCAGUGGACAAGGCCACUCUUCAGAAGCAGAGACACAUGAUCAAGAGUCUGCUGCUAGGUUCAGGGAACGCAAACAGGAUCUUGGUAAUUCGGGAGGUGGGAAGUCUAGCUACAAUUUGAUUUCAAACAGUUAUAAGGUGAUGCAUGAAGUUCAACAACCUGGUACCAGAAAAAAGUCAGCAAGAUAGAAGUGAUUGUUUCUCAAGUACAAAUGCUAGUGCUCUCUACAAGCCUUUUGCAGCUUCAUCUACAGGGAUGAAGAGACUGUCUCCAUAUGGUAAUUCUGUUGUUGAUGCUUAUCCUAAAAAGAUGAGGGCUGUUAUAAAUAAGGGUGAGUAUGAAAGAUCCAAAGUGGUUCCGACAGCCCAAAAGGUAGAUGUUAUUGCUUACCCACAAAAUAAAAUGGGUGAAAAAUGCAUGUAUGAUUCCAUUAUUAAUGGUACCAACCAAUAUUGUGAAACAUGGAUGAAACCUCCCCAUGUUACAACACGUUAUUUUGAAAGAAUUGCGGAGCCAGAUUAUUCUUGUAAUGAUCUGAGUUCUGUUGGCAGUUGUAGUGUGAUAGGUAGUAGUACAAGUAGAAGUUCCAGUAAUAUGUUAGCAGGUUCUUGCUAUGAUGAAGAUACCCUUUCUAGUGACGCAGAGUCUUUAAAUGUUGGAGAUUUGGAUAAAGGGUGUCCAAUUUCUCCUGAGGAGGAUGUAGCAGAAGGAAUUCAUAGGGUAGAGUUGCAUGCCUAUCACACUACUCUAGAGGCAAUAUAUGCUUCUGGUUCUUUAAGUUGGGAACAAUAAGAGUUAUUGACUAAUCUUCGUAUAUCACUACAUAUUUCUAAUGAUGAACAUUUGAUGGGGAUAAAGAACUUAGCUUCAGUUGGUCAGAAUUUUUAGAUAUUCAUACAAGGGAUGUCAUGUUAGAAUAUUUACUGUUUAAAUGUACAACAUUAGAUCCUGAUUGUUAAUCUUUCUGUAUUAAUAAUAAUCAUUAUGAGUAUAUCAAAUUAUGGAGCCAACCGUUUUGU